AUGACCAUUGCGAUGGCGAUCUCCGUUGCUGGCGAGGCAGUAAUUAUUCCUCAAGUUCACUACGGCGCAGGCCGCCAUAGCGGAGACGUGGAGGAGGCAAUCUUCACGGUCGGGGUCAAACUCAACUUUGUCUCUCAACUGCUGUAUUUGACUGGUAUUUGCAUGGUCAAAAUAGCUGUUGGCUGCUCACUGCUACGAAUCGCCGCGAAGAAAAUUUACAAACACACAAUUGCAAGCAUCAUGACAUUCAUGACUCUAUAUACGGCCGUUUGUUUCAUAACUCUACUUGCUCAAUGCACCGACAUUCGAUUCAUGUGGGAUAAAUCGGUCGACUCUACCUGCUGGUCCAUCGAGGUUCUGCAAGGGCUGAGCUACGCCAACGUCACGCUCAACAUUCUCACCGACCUCCUGUUUGCUACGAUACCGAUACCAAUGCUCUGGGGCCUCAACGUGCACCGCAGGGCUCGCAUAUCCCUCGUUGCCGUUCUCGGUCUUGGUGUCUUUGCCUGCGCAGCUGCCUGUGUUAAGUCUGUCUACAUCGUCAACUAUGGCAAGCUUGGCGAUGUCCUUUGGGACUCGAGGAAUAUCACGAUAUGGACCGUGGCCGAGAUGAACGUUGGAAUCAUUGCCGGUAGCCUUGCUACUCUUCGACCGAUAUUUAAGCGUUUUCUGGGCAGCAUGUACGGAAAAGGUUCAAAGUCACCUUCAGGCGCUGGAUAUUAUGCUCGUAGAGAGUUACGCAGUGAGACUUGGAAGGCUUUGAGCAGUAGCGAGGAGGCAAUCAAUGCCUCCGAGGGCCAUGAGCUUGGGAGAAUAACACAUACUGCGAUGGCGGUGAAAGAAGGGGUGGAGGGGCACAGAGUGGUCAAUGAUGAGUCAAGGAACAGUGGUGGCGGGAUCACCAAGACGACAGUCACAAAGGUGACAUUCUCAGACGUCGACAAAGUCUAG